GGGCUCUCUCUUGCCUCCAUAGAGGAAAUGACGAUGUACAAUUGCGACGAUUGUUAAUGAGAUUUGAAAGGGUCGCGUGGGGUUAAACACGAGUGAAAUAUUGAACAGGUUUUGGUCGUCCAUCUAGUAAACCUCCGACUCUCAUCAAGGAAGUACCUGCGGGAGGUGUAUCGGUCUCCGGUAAACGUCAGAAAAAUUAUAGAGAUUAAAUUUGAAAAAUAUCAUUUCUUCUCAUCUGGAAAAAAUCUGAGUCGCGGUGCCGUUUCACAGGUCUCCGCAGUACCGCGAUAGUUCAACCGUUUAUUUAUUAUCUCCCAACUCCGUUCGUCUAUCGAAAAUGCAAGAAGAUGGCCAGGCGGCGGCACCGCCGAGGGAAAUGAGGUGGCCGGCAGUUCUUUGGUUUAUUCAUCUUCACGCAAUCGGCAUUUACGGAUUCUGGCUCCUUCUUACCGAAGCUAAAUGGAUGACGGUGGUUUUUGUCACCGCGAUGACGCUCAUCGGGGGAUUAGGCAUCACCGCUGGUGCUCACAGACUUUGGGCACACGGUACUUACACCGGAUCUUGGCCCUUGAGGUUAUUCCUGAUGCUGGCGCAUACUUCGGCCGGUGUGGGUAGCAUCUUCGAUUGGGUGGUCGAUCAUCGAAUACACCAUAAAUUUUAUGGCCAAGAUGUGGACCCGUACGAUCAUAAGAAGGGCUUCAUCUACAGUCACAUACUCGCUAAUCUGAUGACGAAACCUGCGGGUCACGAAAAUGCCGCCAAACAAAUUCCCGUUCAUGACAUCGAGAACGACGGCUACGUCAUGAUUCAACGAAGUCUCUACUGGGUCCUGAUGCCGAUCGUUGGUAUAUUACUUCCGAUAAACGCGCCAGCCGAAUACUGGGGUGAAUCGAUAUUGAAUUCGGUAUUCAUUAUGGGUGUUCUACGGCUAGUCUUCACCGUCAAUAUGUCGUGGCUUGUGAACAGUGCAACUUGCAUAUGGGGCCUGAAUCCAGGAGACAAGUACCCGCCGGACGACAACAGCGUAUUUUUCGUAACACGGUCGUACUGGCCCCAUUACCACUACAUCGUUCCAUGGGAUUACAAAAGUGGUGAAUUUGGAACUUACGACGGAGGUUGCACUACGACGUUCAUUAAAAUAUGGAAACUUCUCGGCUUAGCCAAGUGCCUGAAAACUGCCAAGAGCGAAGAUAUCCGCGAAGCAUUGGCAAAAGUAGCCUCAACCGGAAGCAAACUCGACGAUUGCUUGCAGGAAGUACAUGAAUCCGCGGAGGAGAAUGCUGCGAGAAAAGAACUAGCCUUCAAACAUUAGAGAAUCAAACAAUGAUUCGAGCGAACGAAGCGCGUUUAGUCACAUUCAUGUUCCAGAAGAAGACAAUCCCUAGUCGCAAUUUAAAAUUCUCCGUCUUCCAAUCUUCAACAUUUACAUUAUAAGAAUGUCUCCAGUUAUUGCACUGACUUUUAUUCUCCGAAGAUAAGCGGAUGAAAAUGAAAAAGUUUAUAGAGUAGGUAAUCCGAGACUUUUUUAUUCAAUUUCGAGACACUUUUCCAUCCAAUUUCAAAUAAGAAUCGAGGCAAUUGAGGUCACCUCAUUUGUCGCAAUUCAUGUACCCAUCCAACUGCGAAAAAUAGUUAAAGAAAAAAACUGUAAUCACAUAGAAUAAAUAAAUGCUGAAGAUAA